AUAGCUACCUUACCGAUAUAUAUUUCUGGAGUUCUGGAAAGCUCUUCAGAUCUGGAUCGAAAGGAGCAGGAACGGCGAAGUUCGCCGGAAACGGUGAUGGCGGAGUCGUUGGAGAAAGUUGACCAGGCUAGAACUUCUUCGACUUCCGGCGAAGUUUCCGUGGAAUUAGAGAAGGAAGCUGAAGGCGGAAGUAUUAGAAAUGGUUAUGGUGGUGAAGUACACACCGUCGACUGUAGCAGCAGUGAUGCUCCAGUUUCUAAUGGCGGAGGAACCGCUGGGAGUAUCUCCAGAGUGACUACAUUACAACCUGAAAUUCUGAGUUUAGACAAAUUGGAACCACCUUUAAAUAAUCUUACGUUGGAAAGAGCAAAAACUGAGGGCCAGAGGCAUCAUAACAUACUUUCUGAAGAGGCAGCACAAAUUUUUGACGACAAAAUUCCUGUGCAACAGAAGCUCAAAUUGUUGAACAGAAUAGCUACUGUCAAAGAUGAUGGAACUGUAGAGUUUGAAUUUCCUGGAGAUGUUGAACCUCAGGCUAUAGGAAUUGCCAGUGAACAACCAUCUGAAGCUGAUGACAUACCUCUUGAUGAUACAGAACUUCGCUAUAUUCCACCACUACAGAUAGUGAUGCUUAUAGUUGGAACACGUGGUGAUGUGCAACCAUUUAUUGCAAUUGGAAAGAAAUUGCAGGACUAUGGCCAUCGUGUAAGGCUGGCAACUCAUUCAAAUUUUAAAGAGUUUGUGUUGACUUCUGGGUUGGAAUUCUAUCCUCUUGGUGGCGAUCCAAAAGUCCUUGCUGGAUACAUGGUUAAGAACAAAGGUUUUCUGCCAUCAGGACCUUCAGAAAUACCUAUCCAACGGAAUCAAAUAAAGGAAAUAAUAAAUUCUUUACUCCCUGCUUGUAAAGAACCUGAUGUUGAUACGGGAAUUCCUUUCAAAGCUGAUGCAAUUAUUGCAAAUCCUCCAGCAUAUGGACAUACACAUGUUGCAGAGGCAUUAAAAGUUCCACUCCACAUAUUUUUUACAAUGCCAUGGACGCCAACUAGUGAAUUUCCCCAUCCUUUAUCCCGUGUUAAACAACCAGCAGGAUAUAGGCUUUCAUAUCAGAUUGUUGACUCCUUAAUCUGGCUAGGAAUAAGGGAUAUGAUAAAUGAUGCAAGAAAGAAAAAACUGAAGCUACGGCCAGUCACUUACCUGAGUGGCUCACAAGGCUCUGAGUCUGAUAUUCCACAUGGUUACAUAUGGAGUCCCCACCUUGUUCCUAAGCCAAAAGAUUGGGGACAAAAGGUGGAUGUUGUAGGUUUUUGCUUCCUUGAUCUAGCAUCAAAUUAUCAGCCUCCUGAACCACUUGUAAACUGGCUUAACGCUGGUCCAAAACCCAUUUACAUUGGAUUUGGUAGCCUUCCUGUUCAAGAGCCAGAGAAAAUGACCCAAAUAAUUGUUGAAGCAUUGGAGAAAACUGGGCAAAGAGGCAUCAUUAACAAAGGCUGGGGAGGCCUUGGUAACUUGGCUGAACCAAAGGACUUCAUAUAUUUGCUGGAUAAUGUCCCUCAUGAUUGGCUCUUCUUGCAAUGUGCUGCCGUGGUGCACCAUGGAGGUGCUGGAACAACAGCUGCUGGUCUUAAGGCUGCGUGUCCAACAACAGUUGUACCUUUCUUUGGUGACCAACCAUUUUGGGGUGAGAGAGUACAUGCUAGAGGUGUAGGUCCUGCUCCUAUACCAGUCGAUGAAUUCACACUUCCAAAAUUGGUUCAUGCAAUUAAUUUCAUGUUAGAUGCGGAGGUUAAAGAGCGUGCAGUUGCACUUGCAAAGGCUAUGGAGGAUGAAGAUGGAGUAACAGGAGCAGUGAGAGCCUUCCUCAAACAUCUGCCGCGUAAAAAAAUGGAGCCCGAGCCAGUACCUGCAGCUUCAAGCUUUCUGUCUAUAACAAAAUGCUUUGGCUGCUCUUAGGAUUUUAUUUGUGGUACCAUGCUUUUGGAUUUGUCUAUUCUUGAUUAGUCGUAGAUUUUUGAUAGUGUAAUUAUGUUUGCACCUCGUUUUUUCUUUGGCCUUUCUCCAGUCCUAAGUUUUCUUACCUUGUCUAUAGCUUUUCAAAAUCGGGUUAGUUUUUCCUCUCGCCAAUUCCAAUCCCCAGUCAAAGGGAAGAAAUGUAUUCAUGCACUCGGCGGUUACCGGUCAUCUUGAUUAAUCUUCACUCAAUUAAGAAAUUAUUCUUAAUCAUUCA